AUGCCGCGGGCCAGCCGCUACAAGCCGUUCAAUGACAGGGUGCAGCGAGCUCUCAGCCAGCACAUUCGCCUCCUGCACCGCUCCGGCGCCACCUUCUUCAUCUUGGGCGACACCGGAAAUGUGUACACUGCCACCAUAUCGACUAUGCCAAAAUGCAGCUGCCCUGAUCGUGUGACACCCUGCAAGCAUUUGCUGUUUGUGUAUCUCCAAGUUUUGGGUUAUUCGGAGGAUGACAGGUUUCUCAGGGACGACUAUUUCUCGCUGUGGGAGGUGGAGCGGAUGUUGGCGCGGGACACGCUGCCUGGAUCAAUGGCUGGGGAGAGCAUGCGGAUGUGGUUUCAUCAGCUGUAUGAUUUUGAGGGCAAGCAGAGGCAGCAGGGGUCGUCGUCCAAGACGAAGCCAAGAGUGGUGAUUGAAGAGGGUACUUGCUGCCCUGUUUGUUUGGAUGAGAUGGGGAAGCAAGACAAGGUGGUGGCUUGUGGGACGUGUAGGAACCCGAUUCAUGAGGAAUGCUUCUUGAAGUGGAAGAGGAGCGCGAGGAAGAAGCAGGCGCAUUGUGUGAUGUGCAGGGCGAGAUGGGGUUCCAUCGAGCAGGAGCAGGACAAGUACCUGAACUUGGCUGCUUAUGCUUGUACUAGCGAGGAGGAGGAUGACGAUGAUGAGGACGAAGACUAG